GCCCAAUCGGCCGUCCUAGGGCUGGGCCACGCCCAAGCAGCAACCAGCAGGCUGGGCGUGGCGUGACGGAACUGGCGAGGAGCGUUACGUGGCGGGGCUGCAGUGUGGAGUCGCCACUCGGCCCUCCUGGAUUUAUUGUUUUGCUUUGUCACCCAGGCUGGAAUGCAGUGGCUCGAUCUCAGCUCAUGGCAAUCUCUGCCUCCUGGGUUCAAGUGAUUUUCCUGCCUCAGCCUCCUGAGUAGCUGGGAUUACAGAUCACUCCUCUGACAAAGAUCCCAACAAGACAACAUGGCUCCCAAGAAGCCUGAGCCUAAGAAGGAGGCCGCCAAGACAGCUCCAGCUCCAGCCCCUGUGCCAGCCCCUGCUCCAGCUCCUGAGCCUCCCAAGGAACCUGCUUUUGACCCCAAGAGUGUAAAGAUAGACUUCACUGCUGACCAGAUUGAAGGUGAGUAUGGACAACCCCACCUCUCCGUCUUUAUUGCACUUUCCUGGAGGAGGAAGAAGAGGAGGAGGAGUUGUUGUUCUCAUGAGUUCAAAGAGGCCUUUUCACUGUUUGACCGGACCCCAACUGGAGAAAUGAAGAUCACCUUCGGGCAGUGUGGGGACGUACUGCGGGCCCUGGGCCAGAACCCCACCAACGCCGAGGUGCUGCGCGUGCUGGGCAAGCCCAAGGCUGAAGAGAUGAAUGUCAAGAUGCUGGACUUUGAGACGUUCUUGCCCAUCCUGCAGCACAUCUCCCGCAACAAGGAGCAGGGCACCUAUGAGGACUUCGUGGAGGGCCUGCGUGUCUUUGACAAGGAGAGCAAUGGCACGGUCAUGGGUGCUGAGCUUCGGCAUGUCCUUGCCACCCUGGGAGAGAAGAUGACUGAGGCUGAAGUGGAGCAGCUGUUAGCUGGGCAAGAGGAUGCCAACGGCUGCAUCAAUUAUGAAGCCUUUGUCAAGCACAUCAUGUCAGGAUGAGGCAGAGUCUUCCAGGUGCCUGGCCCUUGGCCUUAGCCAUACAAGGGCGAGUUAGAGAGAGGUCCUGGAUGUGAGCUGAGACAGAGUCCUGGACUUAUCACCAUGCCAUUGCCCCAAGGACCUCACAGCCCCUCCCUGUUAAUAAACAGCUCCUAUAUGGCCAGGCUGGGCUCCGGGAUUCUGA